AUGGACCCAGACCGGCCGUACACGUCGCAAGGCGACGUCGGGUCUGUGGCUAGCCGGGAUGACCGUGUGUUGGUCCUCUCGCCGGGCGUAACGCUCACCCUCGGGCAAGAUGCUCUGCUCAUGUCUGGUCAGCUCGCUAGCAAACCCAGUCGUUCAUGUGUACCCUGCGUCGGGAGCCCAGGGACCAACGGCACACCAGACCGCAUCCCUUACUACAACAUUCUUUGGGCCGAGAUAACCGGCGACCACAGGUGGCUCCUGAUCGACUACGCCGACCAGAAGCAGCCGCAUUUUCUCCAAGUCAGCAAUGCCAGGUUCGCCAUCCCCGGACUUGCUGUCGAGCAGACGCCUGCCGGUGUGAGCGAUCAUGUCGCCCCUUGGGUUGACCGGCUGCUGGACCUUGCCUACGGCGGCUCGGCUCGCCGUAAGCGUGCUUGGGUAUUGGUGAACCCGCAUGCUGGCCCUGGUGGUGCCGACAAGAUCUGGGAGAAUGAGGCAAAGCCCAUUUUCGAGGCGGCGCGAAUGCCCAUGACGGUUGUGCGAACCACCUACUCCGGCGAGGCCGUUGAGCUGGCGCGGGAUCUGAACAUUGACGACUACGACAUCGCCGUGCCCUGCUCAGGGGACGGUCUCCCACACGAGGUCUUCAAUGGCCUCGCCAAGCGCCCCGACGCUCGUCGCGCGCUGUCCAAAAUCGCCGUGUGCCAUAUCCCCUGCGGAUCGGGGAAUGCCUUGAGUUGCAACCUCUACGGCACCCAUCGGCCGACCCUGGCAGCGCUGGGGAUCGUCAAGGGGGUGCUGACGCCGCUGGAUUUAGUCAGUGUGACGCACGGGAACGAGCGCACCAUCAGCUUUCUCAGCCAGGCCGUGGGCUUGAUUGCCGAGCUCGAUCUCGGCACCGAGCACCUGCGGUGGAUGGGCGCUACCCGCUUUACUUGCGGCUUCCUCAUGCUGGCACUGCAGAGGAAGACGUACCCUUGCGAUAUCGCCGUCAAGGUCGAGAUCGACCACAAAGAGGACGUCAAGGAACACUACCGGCGUGUUCGCACCGCAGAGUCAACAAAGGAAACCUUGGAAAGCCCUAAGCAGUUGCCGAGUCACGCCAACAAGCAGUUUAACGAGGCCUCAUUCUCUGCCUCCGACGCUGUCGGCAGCGAUGACGGUCUCGGCCUCCCGCCCCUGAAAUACGGUACUGCCAUGGACAAAUUGCCCGAAGGAUGGGAACUGAUCCCAUACGAGAAGCUCGGCAGCUUUUACUGCGGUAAUAUGCCCUGGAUGAUGCCUGAUGGCCAAUUCUUCGCGGCGGCCCUCGCAAACGACGGCCUCAUGGACCUUAUUAUCACCGACGGCGACAUAUCGCCCCUCCAAAACAUCCGCCUGCAGCUAGGCGUUGAAUCCGGCCACUUCUUUGAUAAUCCACUUGUAUCAUACUGCAAGGUGUCGGCAUAUCGCAUUAUUCCGCGCAAUCAGGAAUCCGGGUACAUUAGCAUCGACGGCGAGUCCAUCCCGUUUGGGCCAUUCCAGGCCGAGAUUCACCCGGGCCUCGGGCUCGCUCUAUCCAAGAGGGGCGUCUUUGAGGCACCUGGCCCGCUUGGUUGGGACAAAGUCAUCACCAGCGAGCGGCUUCUGGCUUAG